AUGGGCAUCACGGGACUUCUGCCCCUCCUGAAAUCCAUACAAAAGCCAUGUACUCUGAAAAAGUUCGCCGGUCAGACCCUUGGGAUUGAUGCCUUUGGCUGGCUGCACAGAGGAUCGGCGGCGUGCGCUGUCGACCUCGCACUUGAUAAGCCAACGAAGAAGUAUGUCGAAUUUGCUGUCGGCAGGGUUCGCAUGCUUCUAGACUUCGGCAUUAUACCAUACCUUGUCUUCGAUGGCGAUAGUCUACCCAGCAAAGCCGGCACAAAUGCAGAGCGUCGAAAGCAGCGAGAAGAAGCCAAAGCAACAGGUCUCGCUCUUCUCCAGACUGGAAAGCAAUCCCAAGCAUAUCGAGAGCUGCAGAAAUCGGUUUCUGUAACACCAUACAUGGCGAAAGAAUUGAUCGAGGCAAUCAAGGCCAUGAAGGUCGAGGUUCGAUACGUCGUUGCCCCGUACGAGGCUGAUGCCCAACUUGUGUACCUCGAAUCGAAGGGCAUCAUCGAUGGCAUUCUCAGCGAGGAUUCGGACAUGCUAGUAUACGGCGCAAAGCGACUCAUAACGAAACUCAAUCAGUAUGCCGAGUGUGUCGAGAUCGAACGUUCAGAUUUCGCCUUAUGCAAAGAGAUCAGCUUGGCUGGCUGGACCGACACAAUGUUCCGAAGGAUGGCCAUUCUCAGCGGCUGCGAUUAUCUUCCCAAUAUCGGCAAGAUGGGCCUCAAGACAGCGUAUCGCUAUGUUCGAAAGUACAAAGACGUGGAGAAGGUCAUUCAGGUUCUUCGAUUUGAGAACAAGUUGUCCGUUCCUGCCGAUUAUCUCGAACGCUUCCGCGAUGCCGAGCUCACUUUCAGUCAUCACAGAGUCUUCUGUCCGGUGCAGAAGAAGAUGGUGUUCAUGCAGGAAUUACUGCCUGGCAUGAAGGAGGAACAAAUGUCUUUCCUUGGGCAAAGUGUGACUCCAGAUAUCGCAAUCGGAGUCGCCUGUGGAGACCUUCAUCCGAAGAGCAAAGAAGCGUAUCCCGAUACUCGUUCAUUACGGCCAUCACUGCGCGAGGUUCGACGCCAGACAGCUCCUACCCAGACUCUGAAGCCAACGAAGUCCAUCGAGUCAUUCUUCAAUAAGCGGGUGCCGCUAGCUGAAUUGGACCCGAACAGCCUCACUCCCUCGCCAUCUCAACAGAGGCUCCUCGCGCGGCAUCGCAAUGCUUCGUGGGACUCUCGACUAAUUUCGUCAGCUCCUCAACCACGGACGAACUCGGCAUCGAGCACUCAAGUCCGUCCCCUUCGCACUGAUCGCCAGUCAUUCCUUGCUAAAGCAUCGGCCGUGUCGUCGUACCAGCCACCUAAACGACCACGACUGUGUUCUGAAAACCAAGACUCUCCGCCUUCGAAAGGCAUCAAACAAAGCCCGUUCUUCGCCGCACAGGACACAACACCAAGUCCGUCCCUUCUCAAAGGGGCUCGCAAUAAGAAGCCAAAGCGGGGUGGGUUUGAGCUCUGGUCUGACGACUCUGUCGAUGACGUCUUGCUCGGCCUGCCUGAUGUUCAUGAGACUGCCAGCCCUGAGAAACUGGAGGAGCCACACAUUGUACCUGCAGAGUCAGACGAUAUCAAUAGCAGCAUCCCACAGUCGUCCCCAGUGUCCGCAUACUAUGACGCCGAUGGGGACAAGGUCGUUGCAACGCUUGGCGACCCCGCGGACACGAAAAAUGACCCUGACUCUGGCAGAGCCGAGCCGUUCGAGGAUAUCUUGGCCUCGCACAUUCAGAUUCAGCGAGAGCUCAAGACCUUUGCCUACCAGCCAUCCGUUCAACGAGAGCAAGCUCUGCGCACGCUAUCGCCAUCCAAGACACCCCAGCCAGAGACUCGAUUGUUCUUGGCAAUGACUCCAGCAGACCAGCGUGCGGCACUUGCCGCUCUGCCCAAUACGGGAUCAGUGAAAGAGCUGUGUACCUCCAUAAGCCUAACGGAAGACCGGGCUUCAAGCGACACAAAGGUUGUGGUCGCCAGCGCACAAAGGCUUCAUACCUCGAGCGACACGAAGAUUGUGCUCGCCAGCCCUCGAAAGUCUCCAAAACCGACUCCUGACAAUGCUGGUCAAUCAGAAAUUUCUUACCCGUCAUUAAAGGAGAUUGCCCAAGAGAUGCCACCCGUCACUGGUAGCGAGGAUGCCUUGAUCCCAAACAGCGAGGAUGAGAUCUCAGACGAUGAUGAUGGACCUCCAGCCACAAUGAACCUCCAUGCAUUUGCUUACGUGGGAUCCUGA